GCAUUUCAGCACUGUUAGGGGAAGUUUAAGGCUGAAGAUCAAUAAUUUCCUUCAAAAACAGUUUCGGUAGGUUGGAUUUGACCAACUUUUCCAAAGCGUGAACGCAUCACGAUUGAGCGCGUGCAACUGGAGCGUGAGGAAUCUUCUGCCUUCACGUCACCUUCAAUAACGGACAAGAGAACAUUGAGCAUGCAGUAACAGGACACUGGCAUUAGGCAGAGGGAGAGAGUUCAUCUGUUUAUAGGCUCACAUGGAGGGUGAGAACCAUCUACAGUACUGGAACACAUUGAGGUGUUUGCUGUUGUGCUUCGCAGUCCUUGUCCUUACGACAGAGGUUAACGCAGGUGUUAAGAAGUACAGUGGACCAUGUGGAGGCAGGGACUGCAGUGGGGGUUGUCAGUGUUAUCCUGAGAAGGGUGCAAGGGGUUUACCCGGUCACCUAGGCUCCCAGGGCCCCACAGGCCCUCCAGGGCGCCAAGGAGACCCAGGCCUCCAGGGCUCUAAAGGAGAGAAAGGAGACCAUGGCAAAGGAGGUGUCAUGGGACCGAAAGGAAGUGUGGGAAUGGAGGGGGUUCCAGGGUUUGUUGGUGCAGAUGGUGUUCCGGGUCAUCCAGGGCCAUCUGGUCCUCGUGGAAAACCUGGAGCUGAUGGCUGUAAUGGAACUCGUGGAGAUUCUGGAACACCAGGCAUUCCAGGAUCCGAAGGCAUCCCUGGAAUAUCAGGCUACAAAGGAAUGAAGGGGAAGAAGGGUGAACCGUUGAAGAUUGAGGUCUUUAUGGAAAGAUUCCGGGGAGAUCCAGGACAGUCAGGCUAUGAUGGAUUCAUUGGACCACCUGGAAACCAAGGUUACAGAGGAUUGCCUGGAGAACAAGGUCUUUUGGGCCCCCCUGGUUUUAAAGGCUUGAAAGGACAAAAGGGUGAAAGCACUAAGACAUUACCAGGAGUCAACGGAGAUCAGGGGGAUGUUGGAGAACCUGGCCCAGCAGGACUUUUCCAACACACCAGCCCACCCCCUCCAGAAUUUCAGGGUAGAAAAGGUGCAACAGGUUAUAAAGGAGAACCAGGAGAUGUGGAAUUUCUGUCACCUAAAGGAGAGAACGGUGUUACUGGGUUUCCAGGGACACGGGGAAGCCCAGGAUUAAAAGGCUGGCCAGGAUUUAUGGGUGACAAAGGACAGCCAGGUUUCCCAGGAAAUACUGGCCCCAAGGGUGACAUAGGAGAUACCGGAGAGCUGAUAUUCACAGGACAUCCAUCUUACGAUGCUGAAGUUGGUCCUCCAGGACCUCCAGGAGAGCGUGGCCCAAUAGGAAAUCCUGGUCCUAUGGGUGAUAAAGGACUGUCAGGUCCCCCAGGCCCCCCUGCUUCUGAACAAACAGGGUCAUUUGAUCUGUGGGGCCCAGAGGGACCAAGGGGAACAAAAGGAAAGAAAGGGGAAGCUGGAGAACCUGGUACCCCUGCCACUCAGCCCGGCCCACCUGGCUUUGGUGGGCAGCCUGGAGUCCAUGGACCACCUGGACCCAAGGGAUCAUUGGAAGACCAUUUUAAAGGGGGACCAGGACCCCGUGGACGUCCAGGAAAUGCAGGAAAAAAGGGACCAAAGGGUGACCAUGGGCAGUGUGAAUGCCAGAUAAGUUAUUCCCCAUCUGGUGAGAUGGGUCCUCCUGGUGAGCUUGGUGACUUUGGCAUGGCGGGCGAGUGGGGUCAGCAGGGUGAUCAAGGUGACCCAGGACCGAAAGGCGAUGAAGGUGUGCCUGGUUUUCCUGGUGCUCAAGGGGAGCCUGGACCCAAGGGGAGAAAAGGAGAGCUGACCACAGCUACAGUGAAAGGAUUACCAGGUGACCCAGGUGACCCAGGUGCUAGUGGUUACCCAGGAGAGCAAGGGAGGCCUGGGCGUAUUGGAGAAGAUGGUGCACCUGGUUUUCAAGGACCUGCUGGAGAAGGUCCAGUAGGGGAGCCUGGAGAGAAGGGUUACCUAGGUCGGCCAGGUCUCCCAGGUCUAAAAGGCCCAGCCGGGGUACCUGGUCAAGUUCUCAGAGCAACUAAAGGUACAAAGGGCCUUCCAGGAGAUGAAGGAAGAAUUGGUACUGAUGGAAAUCCAGGGUCGCCUGGCGCUUCAGGGGACUGUAGCCCAGGAGAGCAGUGGAAUAUUGCAGGGGAGUGUUUGGGACUCCCUGGACCUACAGGAGAAACAGGGCUGCCUGGCCUUACUGGGUUUGAUGGAUUUAAAGGAGUACCAGGUCCCAAAGGCUUACCAGGUCUUUCUGGAGAAGAUGGGGCCAAAGGAGAGCAAGGUGAACCAGGAAGAGGAGGUCCUCCUGGACCAAUGGGUUUUGUUGGCCCUCGAGGGGACUUAGGACAUCCUGGCUCCAAAGGAAAAGAAGGACCUCCUGGCUUCUUUGGUAAAUCAGGUUUGGAUGGUGCUCAAGGGCAGAAGGGUGAACAUGGUGAAGUUUUAGGAGCAUCUUCCGGAGCCCCUGGAGAACCAGGACUGCCAGGACAGAGGGGUGCCUCUGGCCUUCCAGGAGACCCAGGCUCAAAAGGGCAAGCAGGUAUGGAAGGAAUGCCUGGUAUGAUCGGCCUCAAGGGUGAAAGAGGACCUGAAGGUUUUCAGGGAGAAAUAGGAAGACCUGGACCUGAAGGGAAAUUUGGAUAUCCUGGACAGCCCGGACAAACAGGACCGCCUGGUCCUCUCGGAAAUAUUGGACAACCAGGUCCGAGUGGAUUAAGGGGAGAUCAGGGCAACCCUGGUCUUCCUGGGCCCUUGGGAUUUAAGGGUGUCAUUGGAGACCCUGGAAAUUUGGGUGUACCAGGAAAUAUUGGGCUACCGGGAGAUCCUGGACAACAGGGGCCUUUUGGUUACAAUGGUUUUCAAGGGAUCAAAGGUUUAAAAGGAGAACAGGGCAUGACAGGCUUCCCUGGAAAGACUGGUCAGGAAGGUGUGAAAGGAAUUGUAGGACUGCAAGGAGAGACUGGCUUCCCAGGACAAGAAGGUGCAAAAGGAGUUCCUGGCUUUCCAGGUCAAAAAGGUGACAGAGGGCUGAUGGGCCCUCCUGGAGAAAAGCCAAUCAUACAUGUAACACCUCAUAUGAAAGAAGUCAUGAAGGGGUCUAAAGGAGAACAUGGAAAUGUGGGAGAACCUGGCUUCACUGGUCCAAGAGGCCAGAAAGGGUUUCCAGGUUUUCCAGGAAGAGAAGGGCAACACGGACAUCCAGGAGAGCCCAAUGAAAAAAAAGGUUCUCCAGGUCCUCCUGGACUAAAAGGAGAUCUAGGGCCUAAGGGAAUGCCAGGCACUACAGGACUCCGUGGAAUAGAAGGUUUCCCUGGAAUGUCUGGACCAAGGGGUGACAAAGGCUCACCUGGUGCCUAUGGACGACCAGGAGAUCAUGGAAUUAAAGGAAUCAAAGGUGACCUCGGUCCAACCGUCAAUCUUACGGGAUCAACCGGACUGAGAGGUGAAUCUGGGCUCCCUGGAACUUCAGGUGAGAAGGGCCUGACAGGUCAACCUGGAGAUAGAGGAAGCACUGGUUUUGAUGGCAUCGAGGGGAUGAAAGGCUAUUCAGGUGAAUCUGGAAAAGCAGGACCACCAGGCUCUGAUGGCCUUCAGGGUUUCCCUGGAAACCAGGGAACUAAGGGUUGGCCAGGAGAACCAGGACAGCCAGGAACCCCUGGAAUUCAAGGCCAACCUGGACAAAAAGGAUUUCCUGGUCUGAAAGGCAUUUUUGGAUUGGAUGGCCUGAAAGGUCAAAAGGGUAUCCAGGGGGUUCCAGGUUCUGAAAACUUGGGACCUCCAGGUAACACUGGACCAAAAGGAGAGAUAGGAGAAGCUGGUAUCCCCAGCACAGAGAUUGGCCUUCCAGGAGCUUUGGCCCUCAAGGGUUCCCUUGGAGAUCAAGGUGCUAAGGGUGAAUCUGGGAAUCGAGGUCUACAAGGACCUCAGGGCCCGCCAGGGUUCUCUGAUAUACCAGGAGUGCCAGGCGACCCUGGCUUUUCUGGCAGUAAAGGACUUCCUGGCUUCCCUGGACCCAGAGGGAUCCCUGGUGAUCCAUCUCCAUUUGGAGCGAAAGGAGACAAAGGAAUCUCAGGGGAAUAUGGAUUUACUGGAGAAAAGGGAGUCCAGGGGGUCAGAGGAGAUAGAGGACUGGCAGGAGAACCUGGAGUGUCAGGAAGAAGAGGUGAAAAGGGAGAACCAGGAAUGAUGGGAUUUCCAGGAAGACAUGGUCUCCAAGGCGACAGGGGCCCUUUUGGACCUAAAGGAGAUACUGGACCUCCAGGUUUUCCUGGCUCACCUGGUGCUAAAGGACUCCCACCAGUACCAGAGAAAUUACCUGGGGAAAGAGGACCACCUGGUGCAAUGGGUAUUCAAGGACCACAUGGACGGCGUGGAAACCUUGGCCCUGCUGGACCUCCUGGUGAUCCAGGGUUUAUUGGUCCAAAGGGCCAGAAAGGCAUGUCAGGUAUUUCGGGAAUACCGGGAAAUCCAGGCUUCCGUGGUGAAUCUGGACAAAUUGGUCACCCUGGUCUGCAAGGGGAGGAAGGUAACCGAGGGCACCCUGGUUUACCUGGUCGUGCUGGAAUGCCUGGCCGCAGUGUCAAUGUCGGUUACCUGCUGGUGAAACACAGUCAGUCUGACCAGAUCCCCAUGUGCCCUGUGGGUAUGCACAAGUUAUGGGAUGGUUACAGUCUUCUGUACUUUGAGGGACAGGAGAAGGCCCAUAACCAAGACCUGGGUCUAGCUGGGUCAUGUCUCCCUCGAUUUAAUACCAUGCCAUUCCUGUACUGCAAUCCCAGUGACUUAUGCUACUAUGCUAGUCGAAACGACAAAUCCUAUUGGCUGUCAACCACCGCACCAAUUCCUAUGAUGCCUGUGGAAGAGUCUGAGAUAAAGCCGUACAUCAGCCGCUGUUCUGUGUGUGAAGCUCCAUCUGUGGCCAUUGCAAUACACAGUCAAGAUAUAACCAUCCCACAAUGUCCUGCCGGGUGGAGAAGUUUGUGGAUUGGCUAUUCCUUUCUCAUGCACACAGCGGCUGGAGAUGAGGGUGGCGGUCAGUCUCUGGUAUCUCCAGGCUCUUGUCUAGAAGAUUUCCGCACCACUCCCUUCAUCGAGUGUAACGGGGCCAAGGGUACAUGUCACUACUUCGCCAACAAGCACAGUUUUUGGUUGACAUCUAUCGAUCAGUCCUUCCAGAAUUCCCCUGCCUCUGAGACACUCAAAGCCGGUCAGCUCCUGUCACGCAUUAGCCGCUGCCAAGUGUGUAUGAAGAACCUGUGAUCUAUACGCUUAUGAAUUUAGACACCUGGGGCACCACUAAAUCUGCAGCAUCACAAUUACCAACACCAGCAGAAUACAUGCUAUGGCAAAUGUUUCAUUCCAAAAUUUCAAAUGGACAUCACCAUUGCAGUAUCAGGCUUUUGAAAUAACUUGAUCAUAUUUAAUGCAUCACACUUGACUUUCUCUAUGUAUGCAAAAACACGAAGCCAUUGAUGCUGCCACAGAAAGCCCUAAGAUUCGCUCUGCCCUAUACUCUCACCACUAAUGUAUGCCUUAUGAAGAUAAAAUGUAAAUGAGAAGCCAGAGAUGCAUGAAAAGCAUAGAUAUUAUAUUUCUCUGUACCAUUUACAGAACUUUUUCUAUGUAUGAAAUGGUGCUUAAUGUCUAACUUAUUACCUAAGUGAUAUCAGAUUUGAUACUGUGUUAUUAAUUUGACCAAGAACAUACAGCUGAUCCAAAGAAUCCUAUGCUUCUGCACUACUCCAGCCUUCUCUUUAUUAUGUGGUAGUACUUUAUAUGAUUGGCCUCAUAUAGAACAGUUGGUUUGGAAUGGAGAACCGGUUCUUGUUCAGAAAAAAAUUAUAUUUUGUUCCAUUAAAAGUGUAGUUCACCCAAAAAUGAAAAUUCUGUCAUCACUCCCAGAUGUGUAUGCAUUUUUUUCUUCAUACAAGGUCCAUACGAUGCAAGUGUAUGGCAACCAGAACUUUGAAGCUCCAAAAAUUACAUAAAGGCAGCAUAAAAGUAAUCCAUAUGACUCCAGUGGUUUAUUAUAUGUCUUCUGUAGUGAGCUAAUCACUUUAGGUGACAAAAAGACCACUAUUUCAGUCCUUUUUACUAUAAAUCUCCACUUACAUUUUCAAAUUACAGAAUGUGAAAAUGAUAUUUAAAGUAAAAAAAAAGGACUUCAAUAUUGGUCUGUUUCUCACCCACACCUAUCACAUUACUUCUAAAGACACGCAUUAAACCACUGAAGUUUUAUGGAUUACUUGUAUGCUGCCUUUAUGUGCCUUUUGGUCAUUCAAAGGUCUGGUCACCAUUCACUUACACUGUAUGGCCCUACAGAGCUGAGAUAUUCUUCUAAAAGCUUUAUGUUCAUCAGAAGAAAGAAAGUCAUUCACAUCUGGGAUGGCAUAUGGUUGAGUAAAUGAUGAGAGAAUUUUCAUUUUCAUCUCUUUAAUGUUCCGAAACAUUCUUAUAAAACAUACAGAGCUGUUGUCCACUGUGAUGAUCAGUGCAUAUCUUAUUUUCAAUGUUCUUAAUAAAAGUAAAAAGUUUUUGAUAGCAUAUAUGCUGCUUCACAGACAUGAUGACACGUGACCAAUAAAUCCCCUAGUAUGGGAUUGAGACAGAAAACAAAGACAGCAAAGAAAUGUAAAGAGAACCAUUAAGAAACCAGAACUGUUAAAUGGAAUCAGAAUAUGAAUCGAGAAUCGUAAUCCUCAUUUGAAAUCUAUAGAAAUAAAAAAACACAGUGCUUAACCACCAAAUUCACAACUAUCCUGUGAAUUGUUUUCAUUGUAUGGGGGCUUUCAAUAAAGUGCUAUCUGUUGAGGUUAACCUUUAUAUAAAUAUAAUAUAAAUUCAUCACAUACUAACAUCUACUGCCUGUAUAUUAUUUUUUGCUUUGUGUUUGUUUUGUUUUUUUUGAGAAUUGUUUGUCUAACAUAACCUCUUGUUAUGUAGUGCCUUCACCCCUGUUACACUAUUUCUAAUUAGCACAUGGUGUCACAUGAUAUGGUAUGAUAUUUUAUUUCAUAGAAGAUCAAAAACACUGAGACUUGAACCUCUUUAUUAGAGUUUUGUCCAAUCAAAAGGAUAAUUUUUGUUUAUUUGAUCUGUACCCUAACUUGGUUACAUCAAUUGCACUGAUUUUCUCUGAGGUUUACAGGACACAUCAGGCCAAGGCAAAGUCAAUCUCUACUGAUAGAUUUGAAGUCUACGAGUUCAAUCUUUAUCCCACUUAUAUGUAAAUACACAAACAGGCUCCCACUCUUUCAUCAACAAGUCUGUAAACAUCGACUGAACCAAAUAUGGGUCAACUAGAAGUGAUCAUGUUAUUUUGGACUUUGAACAGCUUUGUCAAUUUUCAGUGCACACUGCAUAAGUAUAUUGUCCUCAAAGCCAUAAACCACUAGCAUGUUUUUGAUACCAAAACUACAAUCUAUGAAAACGUGUAUUUUAAUUUUUUACCAAAUGUACUUUAAAAUGUAAUUAUAAGUGGAAUAUUUGAAGACAUUGAUUUUGAAUAAUAGUGUGUUAUUGAAUAACAGAAAAAUACAUGCCCUUGUUACAUUGGUGUCAUUUCUU